AUGCCCCGUGACAACCCCACAGUCGUGGGUCUGGAAGUGCAUAGUGGCCAACAUACAGGCCGCAUAGGGGCUUCUCAGCCCCAGUGUCCAGUCGGCGGCAUGGUUCCAUCUACGAGCCCUACCUGCAUGUGCUGGUCGACGGACUUACCCCAAUCGGGCCCGGGAACGAGGGGGCGGGUUCGGCCCCCUUCUCCAGCCUGUCCCAGUUUUCCCCCGUUACCCCUUCCCUUUGCCUUAGGAAGUACUCGGAGGGCCCCACCGCCACAGUCCUUGAGCACGCUGGAAGGUAUCAGAAUCCGUCCGUUUAGAGGACGUGUUCCGCUCCCUCUGACACUGACGCGUCUGUGCCCUACCUCUCCGAACCCCAACCAACCUGGAAAAUUUUCGGGCUCACCUUCCCAAUGCUAUUUUUUCCACUUUUGCCUUCCGGCCCCCGGGGGUCACGGGGGGCGAGCAGCGGCCCCAGGCCCCUCGUUGCCUUCGGAAGGCCCCGAACCCCCCGGCCCCCCCCAGCCCACCUGCAGGCCUCGGGGGUGCCCGCUUGACGUAGAUUUGCAGCGCUGGGCCCCGAAAGCGUCAAAAAAAAAACACGGGCCAGGACCCCGAUCAUCUCUUCCCCAGCCCCAGGGACGACUCCUUUCAACGCCCCCAAUUUGCGCCAGCGGGGAAAUGUCUCGCCACGUCACGAGUCCGCUCUUCAAGUGGGGCCCCAAUUUUCCUGGCCGGGGGUGGGCCCGAAAGGCGUUUCAAAGCCCCUGCCCGGGGUAA